AUGGAAGAAGAAAUUGAAGAAGGAAUGGAAGAGGAAAUGGAAGAGGAGACAGAUGAAGAAGUGGAAGAUGAGGCGGAAGAUGAGGCAGAAGAUGAGGCGGAAGAGGAGUUGGAGGAAGUAGAGGAAGAAGAAGCAGAGGAGCAGGAAGGAAAAGAGUCAGCGGACGAAAAGCCUUUCGUGUGCUCUAACUGCGGGAACAGGUAUUGCCUUCAAAGCAGCCUAUCGCGGCACCAGCGCCAGCACCACACUGAGGGCGGAUCUGGGAAGGCAGUGGAGGUGGAGGCCGAAGACGAGAUGGUCGGAGUCGAGCUUACACCUGAACAACCCUUCGUGUGCGAGAAAUGCGGGAAUAGUCUCUCGAGUGCAUCGAAUUUGCGGCGACACCAGCGCGACAGCUGUAAGGGUCGCGUUGAGGACAGAAUGGAGGUGGCGGAAGGAGUCGAACACACGCCCGAAAAGCCUUUCAUAUGCGACUGCGGGAGAGGUUUCCGGCAGAGAGGCGACCUGUGGAAUCACCAGCGCUGGACGUGCAAAGCUCGGGAUGAGGGUGAAGAUACUCCUGGAAAGACCUUCGUGUGCGAGGACUGCGGAAAGGGGUUCAUACAAAAAUCAAACCUGGUAAAGCACCAGCGCAAGUACUGCCAAAACCGCACCAAUCACAAACACAGAAGAACACCGAAGACGGAUGAGCCGAAGGAUGCGGGCGAGAAGCGCUUUGUGUGCGAGACUUGUGAGAAGAGGUUCGCAAGCCAGUAUAGCUUGUUCCAGCACCGGUACAUUCACGACACGCCGCUGCCGUGA